AUAAAUUAAUCGAAUGACUGAGGAAGUCCUUGGAGACUGUGCUACCCCUGUUCAUGCUGGUUGGCUGCAGCCAUGGUAACCUCUUACUUCAGACCAAAGUCCGGGCUCUGCUGAGCUUUAUGACCAGGCCCAGGGUUCAACGUCCAGCAGCACAACCUCCUUUGGGAGAGCGAGGUUUUCUAUUCCACAGCAAAUCAUUGGACUCCAUUUCUAACACUGGACUCCAAAUGAUAAGGUCCAUAAAUCUUAUAAGCAGAUCUUUAUUCUUUUACCCUAGGGAAAUUAUUUUCCUGAAAAAAUGCCGACUGCACAGAAAACCUUGAUGUUCUUGUCUGGCUUUCUCACGAGCCUGGGGUCUGUCAUUGUCAUCUGCUCGAUGCUGGGGACCCAAGCAUGGGUCACCAGUACAGUUGGCAUCACAGACUCCAUCUCCAACGGCAGCGUCACCAUCACCUAUGGUCUUUUUCGUGGUAGGAGCACUCAAGAAAUUGAUCAAGGACUUGCAGAACCAGACAAAGACUUUGAAGUUUUAGGGAUAUUGAACAAUUCUUCCCAAAAAACUCUGCAUUUGGUGGCCAUCCUGUUCCUGGUCCUCAGCUUGUCCACUGCGCUGCUGAGUUCGGGCUUUACCUUCUACAACAGCAUCAGCAACCCCUACCAGACGUUCCUGGGCCCGACAGGGGUGUACACCUGGAAUGGACUUGGUGCAUCCUUCAUUCUCCUGACCAUGCUGCUGUUUGUGGGGAACACACAGUCCAACCGUCUCUCCGGGGAACUGCUGGAGCAGCUUUACCCAACAGUCACUAGUGGAGGAACGACCCACAGCUACGGGUACUCAUUUUGGCUCAUCCUGCUGGUCAUUCUUCUCGAUAUCGUCACCGUGGUCAUCAUCAUUUUCUACCAGAAGGCCAGAUACCAGCAGAAGCAGGAGCAGAGAAAGCCCAUGGAGUAUGCUCCCAGAGACGGGAUUUUAUUCUGAGUUCUACUUGGGGUCACUUUGGCGUUGCGUCUGUUUGGUGGACGUCAGCUCCCCAAGCAGUGGCAGGCUUUGGACCAUCAGUAUGGAAAGAUGACUGCCAUCUGUGAUGACUUUUCUCUCCCCGGACACCGUGUUCUUCACAGAGACCAUCGCCUGGGAAGGGGUGGGGAGGAGGAGUGGGGAGGCCGUGUCUAGGCAGUGCUCACUGCUGCGGAGGGUCAGGAGCCGGUGGCCUUCCCACCAUUUGAAACAGGAAAGGUCCCACACCUUCCCUCUGACUGGCCAGGAGCACUCUAGCACCUGUCACCUGCUGUCUGCAGGAGCAGGCAGGUGUUUUCAUUCUGCUCUAAGAAUAAAGACUUCCAGGUACAGAGA